AUGGCUACUGCAAAUGUAAGAGUCGGUGCCAAUCCUCCAGUUUAUGAUCGUAACGAAAUUAGACCGGGUAAUUCAGCAGGAAGAUGUCUGAUUGAAAAUUGGGUGGAAGAACGUGCUAACAUCGGCCGUGACCCACCAGUCGAUAGAGAGUAUAAUCUGGCUGAACGGGCUGGGCAGUUACGAAGUGGACACAAAGGCCUUCUCACAAUUGAUGAUGAAGCAAAAGUAGAAAGCAUUACAACUGUUCGGGAAACAUACACUCCUCCUGACAUAGACAAAACAAGGCAUAUAGGAAUUCGCAGGGAACUUAUGGAACAAGCAUUUAUAAAAACUGUCAGUGAAGAAAUGCUGGAGGAGAAGAGAAAGAAAGAAGCAGAAGAGAGAGCACGUCCAAUAUUGUCAACAUAUAUUGAGGACUACACAAGAGAUUUCCCGAAGAGAGAGCUUGUAAUUACAAAGAAUCAUGAUUAUAUCAGUGAGCAACCAGUUACUUUCUGGACUGAGCACAAGGACAAGAUACAUGGCGUCACUCAGGUAAAGACUGGAGAUUCUGCCUUUAGACGAAAUGAUGCCUUCACUAAACCAAUUGGAGAGUACUGGGAUGAACCAAAGCCUAUAGAACUGGACAACUACCCUAUGAUGUAA